AUAGAUAAAUAAUUGAUCCACCGUCCUCCUCUUUGGAUCUUUCACUACAAAGCCUUUGGGUGGAAAGGAGGAGGAGGAGGAGGUAGAUGAGCGCUGGGAAACAGGAAGUGAACGUCACUGACACAGGAAUGAGACUAAAAAAAAUACAACACCACCAGGAUGAGAGGAGAAAUGUCUGAUCCAACGGCGUAAACCCAAAAGACUCAUCCACUGCGCGCGGUGAAGGAUGCGUCAAUGUGCGAACGUAAGAUCUGAGGCUUCGGGAAGGACUGCUCUGGUUUGCUGCUAAAUGGAGUCGGAGCAGUUGUACCACAGAGGCUACAGCAGGAACAGCUACAACAGCAUCGCCAGCGCCAGCAGCGACGAGGAGCUGCUGGAUGGAGCCAGUGGCAUCAUGGAUUUCCACACCACUGAGGAUGACAACCUGCUGGACGGGGACGCUUCUUCUCCAGGAUCUAACUACGCCAUGUCGAACGGGGGCGGGGCCAGUAGCUCCACUCACCUGUUGGACUUCUUGGAGGAACCCAUCCCUGGAGUGGGGACCUAUGACGACUUCCACACCAUCGACUGGGUCCGCGAGAAGUGCAAGGACCGAGAGCGCCAUCGCAAGAUCAACAGUAAGAAAAAGGAGUCGGCAUGGGAGUUCACAAAGAGCCUGUACGAUGCGUGGUCUGGGUGGUUGGUGGUGACACUGACUGGUUUAGCCUCAGGUGCUUUGGCUGGCCUGAUUGACAUAGCUGCAGACUGGAUGAAUGACAUAAAGGAGGGAGUGUGCCUGAGUGCCAUGUGGUAUAAUCAUGAGCAGUGCUGCUGGACAUCCAACGAGACCACCUUUGCCGAGAGAGACAAGUGCCCCCAGUGGAAGAGCUGGGCCGAACUCAUCCUGGGACAGGCCGAGGGCCCGGGUUCCUACAUCAUGAACUACUUCAUGUACAUUUACUGGGCGCUGUCUUUUGCAUUUCUGGCUGUCUGCCUCGUGAAAGUGUUCGCUCCCUACGCCUGCGGCUCUGGUAUCCCUGAGAUUAAAACGAUUCUCAGCGGCUUCAUUAUCAGAGGGUACCUGGGGAAGUGGACCUUGAUGAUAAAGACCAUCACUCUGGUUUUGGCGGUGGCAUCUGGUUGAGUUGGGGAAAGAGGGCCCCUAGUGCACGUGGCCUGCUGCUGUGGAAACAUCUUCUCCUACCUCUUUCCCAAAUACAGCAAGAAUGAAGCCAAGAAACGAGAGGUCCUCUCGGCAGCCUCUGCUGCGGGUGUGUCUGUGGCUUUUGGAGCGCCCAUCGGAGGAGUGCUUUUCAGUUUAGAGGAGGUGAGUUACUACUUCCCUCUGAAGACCCUUUGGCGUUCAUUCUUCGCUGCUCUGGUUGCUGCGUUUGUGCUGCGCUCCAUAAACCCGUUUGGUAACAGUCGUCUGGUGCUGUUCUACGUGGAGUAUCACACGCCCUGGUACCUAUUUGAGCUCCUCCCCUUCAUCCUCCUCGGGGUGUUUGGGGGGCUCUGGGGGGCCUUCUUCAUUCGGGCAAACAUCGCCUGGUGCAGACGUCGCAAGUCCACACGAUUUGGGAAGUACCCAGUCCUGGAGGUGAUUUUGGUUGCUGCCAUCACAGCAGUGGUGGCCUUCCCAAACCCAUACACACGUCAGAACACCAGUGAGCUGAUCAAAGAGCUGUUUACAGACUGCGGCCCCUUGGAAUCGUCUCAGCUCUGUCAGUACAGGAGCCAAAUGAAUGGGAGCAAAGCAUUCACAGACAACCCCAACAGACCUGCGGGACCAGGCGUCUACUCUGCCAUGUGGCAACUGUGUCUUGCCCUCAUCUUCAAAAUCAUCAUGACCAUUUUCACCUUCGGACUCAAGGUGCCCUCCGGUUUGUUCAUUCCCAGUAUGGCUAUAGGCGCCAUAGCAGGGAGGAUCGUGGGUAUUGCGGUGGAGCAAUUGGCUUAUUACCAUCACGACUGGUUCCUGUUCAAAGAGUGGUGUGAGGUGGGGGCUGACUGCAUUACCCCAGGGCUCUACGCCAUGGUAGGGGCUGCAGCAUGUCUCGGUGGUGUGACCCGUAUGACUGUGUCCCUGGUGGUCAUUGUCUUCGAACUGACUGGAGGUCUGGAGUACAUCGUCCCUUUGAUGGCUGCAGUCAUGACCAGUAAAUGGGUGGGUGACGCGUUUGGGCGGGAGGGCAUCUACGAGGCCCAUAUCAGACUGAAUGGAUACCCGUUUUUGGACGCGAAAGAGGAGUUCACGCACACAACUCUGGCCCGGGAGGUGAUGAGGCCGCGACGCAGUGAUCCCCCCCUCGCUGUGCUAACCCAGGACGACCUCACUGUGGAGGAGCUGCAGGCCAUCAUCAAUGAGACCAGUUAUAAUGGCUUUCCUGUGAUUGUGUCCAAGGAGUCGCAGAGGCUGGUGGGGUUUGCACUGCGCAGGGAUAUCACCAUCGCUAUAGAAAAUGCUCGUCGUAAACAGGAGGGCAUCAUGUUGAAUUCACGGGUGUACUUCACACAGCAUGCACCCACGCUCCCAGCCGACAGCCCCCGGCCGCUAAAGCUCCGCUCCAUCCUGGACAUGAGCCCCUUUACUGUCACUGACCACACCCCCAUGGAGAUCGUGGUCGACAUCUUCAGGAAACUGGGGCUACGGCAGUGUCUCGUCACACACAACGGGAUUGUGUUGGGCAUCAUCACAAAGAAGAAUAUUUUAGAGCAUCUGGAGGAGGUCAAGCAGCGAGUCCCAUCCCUGGCGGCUUCUUGGUAUUAUCACAAAAAAAGAUAUUCUUCGUCACAUGGCUCAAAUGUCAAACCAAGAUCCAGAGUCCAUCAUGUUCAACUGAUCCGAUCUUUUCAUGAAGACGAUGAAGAGCAGGAGAUUUUACUCUUGGACGGCUCAAACUCCUGACCUUUAGAGGACCUAGUUGUGUUUUUCGUGUGUUUUUAGCUCUGCGGACUGUCGAUACCUUUCGUAACAGGGACCUCCGGUGGUUGCGAGAAGGAAUGACAAUGAUAAAACAGGACUACUACGAAGUAAAAAUAUCAUUGCCGCUGCUGACAGAGCUCACUGGAAGAAGAAGGCACUUUCUUUGUAAAACACACUUGGUUUUUUUUGCACCUGGGUCUUGCAUGAAUUCUGUCCACUCCUCCCAAUUUACUGUACUGCAGAAAUUAAGGGUGUUUCCCAUUUCUUAUAACUUACCUCCUUGAUUCUUCUGCUUGUAAAUGAAUCCUGCCCAUUAAGGAGAAAAGUCUGUAUUAAACGCUAUCUCGUGCAUACAUGGAUGACGUUCUUUGUAAUACUGAUUUUACAAGUAUUUGUCAUUGUAGUCGUCUUAUACUAACUAUAUGAUUGAAUUGGGAUAUUGCUGCUUCAAAUAUUUGGACAGUGUUAUUUUUACUCCAAAGUAAUCAUGCAACUACUUUGAAAUGCCCACUGUUAAAUAUAAUUCUUGCUUCUAUAAAUUUGAAGUGGCACCACAUUCAUUCAUUUGUUUUAUAAUAUUAUUUUAAAGGUUUUGGGCCUUGCAAACCCUUGAUCUGUUCGGCAGUGUGGCAAUAAAAUUAAGAUAAAAUAUAAUAAUUAUUCAUAAAAAUUUGUAUCCCCUCUCUUUAAUCGACAGGAUUGAAAUCAGAGGAAUCAAGAGUUUAGUUCAGAUUUCGAGGAGAUAUUUUUUGAGAAAUUGGACUCACCCAACUGAUCCGCAUUUGCACUCUCUGUGUGCCUCAACCACUUCCUGUCCUUGAAGUUCAACACCUGGCAGGGGUCAUAGGUCACAAUGAAACGCAGAAACAAUGAAGCGAUGAGAGACUGAGGAAACCCUCCAGGAACGAAUCCCAAAAUUUCAUGAAAACAAAUAUCCGUCCAAUGUGAGCCACUGUCACAAAUGAGCUUUCAACCAAUGUUUAUUUCAUUUAUCUAUUCAACAAAAUGUUAUUUAUUUACUUGAUUACUUGAUUACUUGAUUACUUGUAAAUGUGUCUUCUGAAUUUGACCCCUCAUUCAAUGCUACUAGGGUUAAACCAAGCGCCCAGUGACACAUUUUUCAGAUUUUGAGGCAGGAUUUUGAAUAGGCGGAGUUUUAGGUUGCAGUUUGUGGCCAGGUGUUCUUCCUGUCAAAACUGCGUCAUGGCAAAAAAAAUUUAGGCAACACUAAAGCAAAUCAGUCACAUGGUUAUGUUUCAUUCUUCCUGUGACUGAUUAUAUAUAACUUAUCACUUCCCACACAAGGCAAGAAAACUGGAUUACUAAUUUGAGAGCUUAUAUUAUAUUAAGUUCGAUCAUGUUUUUUGUAAUUCUGUAAACCUGAAUGAAUACUGGUCUAACAUUUUAUAACUGGAACUAAAGCUAUUUUGUGACAGUGGCUCCAAAUUGCAGAUCUCAUUGUUUACCUGUGAAAUAAUAUAACAGUACAUGUGUGAGAGCGAAUUGUGUGUGGCUGGGUUAGCACUACAUUCCAACCUGGUUUACUACAGGCAACCAAAAAAGGACACGACCCCACUGACCUUUUGACCUUUCAACCUUCGCCCUGGUCCUCAUCAUAGUUGCCUGACAUAAUUGGAACUGCUUUAACAAACUUGUGAGUGAAAGUGAAAAAGAAAAUCACUAUUUGGGAUUUUGAAGUCUGGCUGUGUUAUAAUAUAAUUGUGGUUUUGAUUAUUCUUUGGACAAAAACUGAUUUUUUUUUUUUUUGUCAAACCCAGUAAUUCUUAAAGGUUUUGUACAAGUAGCAUCACUGAAGAUAUUUAGCUUUUCAAGUGUAAUCGUCAAUGAACCAAGCUGGAACCAAUUCAGGACUACAGUAGCACAAAACCUAGAAAAAAAACAGGACUUGACCAAUUCUGAACCAGGACUAAACCAGGUCAAAACCAGGUCUGAAAUGGGUCUAAAACAGGUUUAAUCCAGGACAAUAUCAGGUCUAAACCAGGACUAAACAAGAAUUAAAUCUGCAAAUAGUUUGUAGAGUACUACUAGAAGAGUUUGACAAGCACUGGUCUAACCUAAACCCAAAUAAACAAAUAAAUAAUGAAUUAACAUGGUAUAAAUAUUGGCUUCCAAUAUUUUACCAAAUUAAACUGUAGAUUAAUGUGUUGGUGUUUAGUCACUGCACAUAAACAUGGCAAAUUAUUUUAAACAAAACCAGCAAAAAUACUACUACUACUACUACUACUACUACUACUACUACUACUACUACUACUACUACUACUACUACUACUACAACCACUACUACUGUUACAAAUAAUUGUGAAGCUUACUAUUGUGCUUUUAUUUCUUUCUAACAAUAAAAUGACCAUCUUUGCUACCAGUUUUCAUCACUUUAUCAUAACACAUGCUCUCCUACUUUGAAAAGGCAAACUUUUUCUUUUUUACGAACAAAAUAAAAUGCCUAAGUUAAAACGUGAAGUCUUUUUGGGAGAGUGAAUUUUGAGCCACGCUGAGCCAAAUCCAAUGUCAAACUUGAGCGUUCAUUAUGAAGGCGAGUGACUGUGAUGUUUGUGUGAGAAGAAAAAGGAAAAAGUAUCUGAGAAUAACUGCGCACUACUACAUGUUGCUGUCAAUGUACAUGGGAAAAACUGGAACUAUCUUUUACAAUUUUUGCUAAACUUGCUAAUAAAAUACACUCCAUAUGUCUGAAUAUAAAAAAUGUUUGUCAGAAUCCUAAAAAGGCAAAAUUCUGGGGGUCAGUUUGCUGUUUAAUUAAAAUACCCACACUAUGAUAUAAGAUGUUUUUAAUCAAUAUUAGUGUUCAUUUAAUAAAUUUUUUUUUUAUUGCAGAUUCUGUACUUUUUAUUCUUUAGACUUUGUUUGUCAAAUUGUGUAUUGCAAAUAUAGGUACUAAACUAAACUGUUCACUAAACUCUGAAAUCAAUGGGUAGGCAAAUGACAAAGUAAAAUUACAAGUACCACUAUUUCUACUCCUUGCUUAUGACUUUAAUGGGAUAUUUCAAAAUAACUUCUUAUAAGCUACCAGUAGCUUUUAUCCCUGAAGUAAUUUCUCAAAGUGCUAAUGAUAAAAUUGAAGGGAAAAGUGGCACCUUAUUGCGUGUUUUGGCAUUUGUGUAAAACCGUCGUGUUGCCUCAUUCACAUUUCUUAUGAAUCUCAGUGUUUUUUCCUUUUUUUUUAAUUUAUGGAAACUAGUGUCGAUAAAGUUGUGCAUUAAAUAUGAAGAAUUUUAUGUAUGAUUACUACAUUGUUUGAUUGUACAUUUGAAAAACAAAAAUAUGUAAAGAUUAAAUUUUGUUUUAAAUUAAAAUGAAAAGAUGAA